AUGGCUCGAACCGAGUUGGAGAAAAAAGCUAAGCACCAAGGAAAGAAACGCAAGCACGAGGCGACUGGAGAUGCUGAACAUGCGGCUAGAGACGACGAAGUGGCGACCAAAUCUUUGAUCCUGGAGCCACAGGGAGAGCCAUCGGCAACUGUCAAUGAUAAAGCAACCAAACGGCAACAGCAGGAGGACGACAUCCAGACAAACAAGAAACACAAAAAAUCUGCUUCAGAGAAGCACAUUGCUACAAAUGGUGGCGAGAAAUCUCCCAAACAAAAGUCCCAUAAGAGAAAACAAGCCCAGGCCGAGACCACAACUGUCCUGGAAAAACGCAGCAAGCAGGAUACCAACUCUGACGAUGACGUCAACGAGGAGGAAACGCAACCGACUGAAGCCCAACUCCGUGAAGCUACACGUCCGGAGAAUGCCAAUGAGUGGUCACAGUGCACAAAAAAAAAGCAAAAGCACCAGCACCUCGAAGCCCAACGUAGCCAAAACUCUAACAAGGAGGCCAAAAUCACCAAGGAAUACCUUGUGAAAUUCAUCAAGCUCCGCCAGAUCUCCAUCCAGCAGACGGCCUUCGAUGAGGACAAACUAGAAUCAGAGUUGUGGCCGUUAGCUCUCGAGUAUUUGGCCAGCUCCCAGGGAGCAGCGCGGGCCAAGAUAAGCAAAUUAGCCGAGGAGGUGAUUCAGGAACUUGACAAAAAGGGUGAGAAGCUGGAGGAUGAAAAAGAGCGCCAGAAGCUAAUCGAAUCCACGCGGUACCAGCGGGCGCGUGAUAUGCUCCAAAGCUUCGACUAG